UGUAGGAGCUCUGGACAAAGACGUGAAAUUCCCAUUUCACCUCACUGCGACAAACGCAGUAGGCCGACUCCAACAAUAUGGCGGCUUCUAGUUCGGCGCUUUCUCAAUUGAAGCCAUUCACUCUCAAUUCGCGGUCGCUGUUUGUGAAGUGUGUCCCUGCGCCGAAAACUUUCUACGAGCGACGUGCUGUGCUUGCUGCCCUCCAGAAGUCCUCGCAACAGUCGAUUGAGAUGUUCAAGAAGCUCCAGGACAGCUCUUCUUUCAUAGCCAUUACUACAAGACCAGACGCGGCUACAACCCUCGUUGAGAGCUCCCCACUCGAACGGACUAUAGUAUCACAACACUCUGGAAGCGAUUCCCCCGGGCACCUCGAUGAUGACGUGAGCGGCACUAUCGCCGCUCCUAUUAGCCCGCUCCCAACGAACCCGAUCAUCCAGCCGACGCCAGCCUCUAUUAAGCUAGGGCUGUCUCAUAAAACCUUCACCUUACACAUAUUUCCUGUGAAUGCGGGUUACGACCACAGAGAGGAAGUGAGGAAGAACCCCCUUUAUGGCCCGUGGCCCGGAAGCGGGACGACAGAAACCUUUGUAUCAGCUGCUCUUAGGCGAGUUAUACCCUCAGGCGUAAUGGCGCCAGCUCUGUAUGACUGGGAAACGGGUAAUCCGCUAGCCCACGAAUCGGACAGCUUCGCUGAGAACGGGCGUGGAGGGGCCGCUUUUACGUUAUUAGGCAAGAAGCGCCACUCUGCACGCGAAGCCUUCGUUCUGGAGCGGAUACGACGCCGAGAAGCGAAACAAGCAACGCCUACAGUCAUGGGCAGUCUCGUGCAAUUCACCGAGGAAUGCAGAAACAGAUCAGCUAGCAAACAACCAGAAACUCCACAGGAUACUGCAGCUGAGCCCAUGCAAGCUGAAGCAGAAACUCAAGUUUCCAACUCUCCUUCUGACACAACAAACGAUACGGAGAUCGAAGAAUAUGAAAAGAAUAUGAUAAAAGAAUGAAGACUUAUGUGACCCCGCGAACAUAGAUUACAAAAACUGCCAAGACAAAUCCUUGCGGCAGGAUCGUGCCCGACAACGUCCUGGACUCACAAACAACUAUAGUCUGGAGCCUUCUUGUUAGUUGGGCCGGAGAAUCUAGGCUACUGACUCAUAGUCGCCAUCUAAAUUAGAAGUUCCUACGGUGGGUUAUGCAAAUCAAAUGGACAAGUUCAUCCCGUCCAGGUCAGAUGGUAUAUCAGACGAACUGAGAUUACGUGCCCUGCGACGUCUUUGGAAGGAUCAGAAAACCAAUCCUGUUAGCGCCUGGUGCUUAC